AUGAGAUUAAAAACUGUUCAACCUUUGGAAUCAACUUUUGGUACAAAAUUAAAAAAUGGUAGUUGGAACGGUUUAAUUGGAAAAGUUCAACGAAAGGAAGUCGAUAUUGGUUUACCAUAUACGUACAUUGGAUAUGACAGAUUUCAAGUAAUUGACUACCUAGUUCCUGUACUUUCAUCAAAUCUGCUGUUUGUUGUUUCUCCUUCAGAAAAAGCUUCAAAACUUACAACAGUAAUAAAACCAUUUUCUGUUAAUGUGUGGAUUUCGAUUCUUUCGUCAAUUUUGAUGAUAGGAAUUGCAAUUUAUAUUCAAGAAAAUAAAAGAAUAUGGACUAUAGAUAGAAUUUUCUGGAUCCUCAUUCAAAUAUUGACAGAACGAGGAGCAAAUAUAACUGCAUUCAAAAAACUUUCUACCAAGAUUAUAAUAGCAGCAUGGCUGUCUUCUGUAUCGGUUUUGUCGUGUGCAUACGCAGCAGUUUUAUUUUCAUUCUUGACAUGUCCGAUUUACGAAACAAUACCAAGAACUUUCGAAGAAUUAUCAAUAGCUGUGCAGAAAAAAGAAUAUACUUGCGGAACUUUAACUAAUUCUGCUAUGGAAAUCUUUCUUCUGAAUACGAAGAAAAAUAGUGCCGAGUUCCAAGUAUUAGCCGAUUACAUUAAAAUGCAUCCUGAAAAUAGCUACGAUACUGUCGAACAAGGGAUGAAACGUGUAUUAAGUAAAAAGUACGCUUAUAUUAGUUCAUUUAUUAUGGCAGAUUAUGCAAGCAAAUUAAUUGGAGAACACAACUUCAUAUUUUCUAUUGAUCGUAAGUUUCCUCAUUACUUUGGAUUCCCCUUAAGGAAAGGAUUUAUAUUUAAAAAUGAAUUCAACAAAAUCGCCAUUACAAUAUUGUUCGGAAAAAAGCAUUUUCCACGACAUUCGUUGUUGAAUGAUGCUUUGUGUUGCGUGGAUCUUGCUAUUCUGGCAACAAUUCAGAACUGUAUUAUUUAUAAGGCUGAUUUUCGUGAAUUAGGGUUUCAAUACAGUCCAUAG